CCAUAAAACUAAUGUGGUGUUGCAAUCUAAUUUGCAUGCGACGUCAUUGUACCGUGCGAAACUUUUCUCAAUUGUUAGGUAUUUACAUCUACCGGCGCAGGCGCACCGUGUCCUAGGAAACAUCUCUUUGGACUCGGCCCCGUACCAAGGCUGGUUCACAAAGGCUGCUUAUAAAGGCAUGUGAACCCUCUAUUGUACUAUUCAGGGAUUUAACUUAGAACGCUGCAGUUGUAUAUAUCCCAUUUUUUUUCUAGUUCUUCCCAUAAUGUCUCAAUAUUAUUGUGUGUUGUUUGCAAUAGUGACCGGAUGUGUUCAGGCCAGACCUAAGAUCAGCCCUGUGUUUAACCAAGUGUACCAACCUGGACUAGAAUAUUAUGAUGACCGUCCUCGCUACGCAUUCAACUAUGGCGUGGCGGAUCAUUCAACUGGUGACAUCAAAUCGCAGCACGAAACAAGAGAUGGUGACGUCGUCAAAGGACAAUAUUCUCUAGUAGAGCCAGACGGUUCAAUCCGUACAGUGGACUACACAGCCGAUCCAGUUCACGGCUUCAACGCGGUAGUCUCUAAAGUUGGGCCCAGUGUACACCCGGCGCCUAAGCCACUGCCGCCUGUACAGCCUGCGGUCAUACAAUACGUGCCAAACCGUGUGCCCGUACCUGUCCAAAUUCCUAAACGAGUGUUUAGGCCAGAAGUUCUGCCACAGCAAAUCUAUGCUUCACCGUCACCAUUUCUGUACCCCAAGGUCGCUGUACAGUUUCCCGAGUAUGACUUCGAGUUCGACGGACCUUCGGAUAAUUUUUACUAGCGUAUGAGUUUAGUCUGUAGAUUUAUUAAAACAAAUUAGAUCAUAGAAAUAUUUGUAAAUAGAAUAUUUAUGUUCUCUUCUAUUUGCUGAAGGUAUUUUUGUAAACAUGGCUGAGUUUGCCAAAUUUUCAAACUGAAUGUUAUUUGCUGGGCAUAUUCUUAGAAAGAUAUAUAUUUACCUACAUAAAUGUUGCAUACAAGCACCUAUGUGAAUGAUG